AUGCACGAGACAAUUCGUUCUUAUGCCGACCUUGUCCACCGUGUUGAGGCCCAAAUCACUGCAGACGAUGCCAUCAAUGCACAUAAGGAACAAUUUGAAAAAUUUGGGGGGAAACACAAAGGUGACGCUGGAGAUAAUAAUCAAUCUUCACAACGGAGAAAGUUUGAACAACAGAGGAAUCGCGACAUCAUUCCUCAACCUGCAGGCCAACGAACAGAAUAUCGACCCAAGAAAGAAUAUACACCACUCAACACAUCACGUGCUAACAUCUUAAUGUCUAUCAAAGAUGAACAAGCCGUUAAGUGGCCUCACGCCUUAAAACCUAACUCAGGGGAUCAAGAACAAUACUGUCAUUUUCAUCGAAGUCGUGGCCACUCCACUGAAGCAUGUAAGAAGCUCAAGGAAGAGAUUGAAAGGUUAAUUAAACAGGGAUAUCUCGGUCGAUUUGUAAAAAAUAAACCAGCUGACAUCGAUAAUGCUUCUGCUGGGGGGCAACAUACACCAAGGCAGCAACAUGGGGGUCAACCAGUCGUUGGAGAAAUUCAAACAAUUGCUGGAGGCCCAUCGCUGAUUGAUCAAGUCCUCGUCAUUGUACCUGGCGAACCAAUGCAGAAGAAAUUGUGCCUCGAGCCUAUAACUUUUGAUGAUUCUGAUCUGGAAGGAGUUCGAGUCCCCCACUAA